AGGAGAAGAAAUGAUUUAGUCGCAGGAGAUUGUGACUUCACGCUUUCUCUUUGUAUUUUUUUGUUUACUGGGUUAUUUCUUAUCAAAGUAUUUAUUCCUCUGUCCGUGGUGCUGAAUUUUUAUAAUUUGAAUCUAAUGUUGAUCGGCGCAGUGCAACGAUUAUUCCUCGGUUUGAGCUUUAGCAUUUAUUUAUUUUUUUAAAGUUAAGUUAUUAUUUCACUAUUGGGGGGACCCUGUCAAUCCGUCCUAAUAAAAUGCAACUGAGCGAGUAAGAGGGAAGGGACCCGGACGAUAGACUGGCAUCAUUCUUCACCUAGUUUUGAGUCUAAAGGGGCGGUGUCCGUCAGACAAACAGGAGAGUUUUUUACGCACAGAGAUCCAGUUUUACGCAACACUUGAUUGCAUGUUGGUGGACUGUGUUUUACUUUGUUUGUAUUCGAAAGCUAACAUCAUACGUGAAACAUAUGUCAGAGUAAAACUUUUUUGAGUGCAAGUGCAGAGCAGGUGGUCUUGGAACAGCAUCUGUCAUGGGAGCGCACGGAUGGAGCGCGGUGCGAAUGGGGAUCGUAGUUUGUGGAUACUUGGCGUUUUUCUGCAGUGAGUUCGUCCCGGUUACUGAAGCCGGCUGCAGGGAGAGGGGGCACCAGAACUGCUGCCCCAGCCGAGACAACAAAUGUUUUGAGUACACGAGGAGAAAAACGGUGUGCUACUGCGACAGCUACUGUCAAAAAACCAGAGACUGCUGCGAAGACUACCAACACGUGUGUCAAAUAUCAGCAGCCAUGGACUGUGCGGUUGGAUCAUGGGGUCCCUGGUCGUCAUGCUCAUCUCCUUGUGGAGUCGGCAGCAAGGAGAGGAGUCGCCAAGUGACCAUUCCCCCGAGAAAUGGAGGAACCCCUUGCCCAGAUCUCAGACAGAGACGAGGGUGUUACGGAAACAACGUCAUAUGUGACAAUGCCAAAGAGGUGGCAAAAAUCCUGCCUGAUUUUUUCAAGAGGAACUUCAAGGACCCUUGGAGGAGACCUCACAUGCUGAUGAAGGAGGAGAAGGACAGUUACUGUGUGUACCUCAGGGUGAAGCAGGCCAGUGCUGCAUGCAAGCUCAAGCUGUGGAGUGCUCAGCUGGUGCGAGAGCGGCUGGUCUGCGCAGAGUGUCAAAGUGAUGCCAUGUCAAACUCUGAUCGCUGCGCAGGAGAUGGCAUGGAGGGCAUUAGAACCUUCUGGACUGCAGCAUCUACUCCUGGUUGUCAUGGUUCCUGGAUGUGGGAACUAUCCUCUGAGCAAUGCCGGUGUCCUCCUUACUCUGUCCUUUUUGUUUGAGCCGAUCUGAUUGCCCUCAGAGAGCCUCUUCCAGCUGAGGAGAGCCCUGCUAGGGAAACCAGACCCUUUUGUCCUGAUUCCUGGAUAGACAACUCAUGGAAAACAGCUGCAUCCUGCCACUUGUCAUCUCAUCCUCUGUACUGUAUAUCCUAGUAAUUAAUCACAUUGAAAUUCUUGCAUGUCUUCUCUUCAAAUUUAAAAGCCACAUAGCUGUACAUCAAAACCGCUGCGAAGCUACAUUUUUAUACCUCUGAAUCUUUGCUAUCUACCUCCAUCAAUGCAAAUGUGUAUGCUAUUGCAAAAUGUAUAAAUCUGAAAAAUCUUGUAUUUUUAUUCAUACAUUUUAUACUAGUUUUGGUUUCUGUGUACUUUGUAUGUGCCUUUAUACCUAAACCUUGUAUCUAAAAGUUAAAGACAAAAGAGCAGGUGCUGCCCACAGUUUAAAAAAUCAUCCAAAAAGCUCUAAACAUCUGUGCUGAAGACGAUGUAAAUACUGAUAAAAUAUAUGCAUGCUCUACAAUUUCAUUUUUACAAAUAUUUCAUGAAAAAGUACGAUUGGGAUGACUGGGUACUGAUCACUCAGGUGCCUGCGUUAUGUCAUUUGUCAGGCUCUCUCCUCUUCUGCCUGUUCUCAUGAUUUAUAUAUAAUCUGUAUUUAUGUCUUUCAUUCCUCAAACUCAUCCAAUUCUUUAAGAGUAACAGUCUGAAGCUUCGUUGAUAAAUUCCUUAGUGUUUAACUCACUCAGCAACAAAGUUUCGGGAUCUGGAGUCUGUGUUUUCUGACAACAGGUGUUUUUUGCUGUAGCUCAUUCUCAAACAUUUAUAAUAAUGCUCUGACAGUGCUCUAUCUAAAAAAAGGCAUAGCUUUAUCUUUUGUUUCUCUACUUUAUCAGCAUGUUUAGGCUUUGUUUUCAUGUGACUUGCUGAUCAUUUUGCUGGUGUAACUUAUUUCAGUGCGGCACAAGUUAAUCGUAUGAAGACAAAACUCUUAAAAGAAGCAGUUCUUUUGAACAUUGUAAAUCUGUUUCAGCCACUUUCUGUGCCUGUCUAAAGGGAAUAACUUAGCAGUCUAUACAAGGUCACAUUACACAGGAAAAGCAGGAUCUGCAUCAGCCACUACAGUCUUUUUUCUACAAGGAGUUCAAUGGGUAAAAACAUUUAGUUGGUUAAUUUUUUUUUAAUUUCAACUAAAGAACAUAGCAAAAUCAGUCUAUAGUUAAAUUUUGCAAGUUGUUCACAUGAAAAUUAUCUGUCCUUUUUGAAAUGUUGGCUGCUCAACCAUUCAGGUCUUUUGGGAGUACGUGUUGCUAUGCUAAAAAGAUCAGAGACAACACACAAAGAAAGUCUAUCAAGAGUUGAGACCAGUCAGGGUUCCAGGCAGAUAUCAGAACAUUGUUUUGGAAAACUGAGCCUUAUAAAAUAUUUUCAUGAGACCCCUCUUCAAACAGCAAGAAACCCCACCUUCAAAUAUGUUUUUGCUCACAACCGGCUCUGCUCACAGGGGAGCUUAAUCAACAGAGCAUCAGCCAGCAUAAAUAACACAUAAAGCCAAGUUACUCCCAUGCAAUUAACUGAAUCUCCUCCCAAAACUUCCUGCGUCUUCUUGUUUUUCUUUCUCAUUGCCUUGAUGGUCUGUUCAAAAUAUACUGCAUAUUAACUGCAAUGAUACAAAUUGGACUCAGUCAGUCAAUAAGUUCAUGUUUUAGUUACAGCUGUUUUAAGAAGAAAGCUGAUAUAUAAGUAAAGGGAUUUUGGUUUUUGAUGCUGUUACUUUCUAUCUUUCUCACAUCUUUGAUUUAUAUUUUGUAUUUAUUAUAUAAGAAUUAAUGAUUUUUGUUAGUGCAACACUAUACACUGUCUAAUAGUGAAAUUAAACAACUGUACUGUGUAUUCUGAAUAUAUAACUGCAACUUUGGUCA